GACGAUUACUUUUUAUUUUUACUUGCAUCUGUAUAUAAAGCAAACGUUUUUGCAUUGAGCAUCUUGUCAUAUUCAUUAGACUUGCCUAUUACAACGCUUACGCCCUAAUAAAUGCGUUUCAACUUUGCCCUAGUUCUUCUCUAUGUCGUCUUGCUAGCACUUUCCAAGGAAGCGAUCGCAGCAAAAGGCAGUAGCGGCGGUGGAGGAAAAGGCGGUAGCACGGGAGGUAAGGGAGGCGGAACUUCAAGCGGAGGCAAAAACACUGGGAGCGGGGGAAGCACUGGAGGCAAGCCAAGCGGGAUUCCCCGGACCUCGCCGGGAUCAACAAUAGGGAGUGGAUACAAGACCAAGGGGUACACACCAGGUGCAGCGACCAACCGCGGUGUAUUCAACCCAAGCAAUCGAGGAGUUGGAUCAGGCUUUUUUGGAAACGGCCUUGGUCACAAUCGACUCUUCUGGAUAGCGCUGUUUGGGCCUCUGGCUUUUCACCAUUGCGGGUACCAUUGUCGCUACGGGCAACGAUAUAACGAGAAUGAAGGAAAAUACUACGUGCGACAGUAUGAUCCCUUGGUAAACAAUAAUACAAAAACUGUUAUAUACAGCACGGCACGGAAUACCGACGACGGUGCCGACAAUCGUAUGCAGUUUGUCUUUUCUACAGCAAGUUAUCCUUCCAUUCGCGCCACCUACUAUGAUUCCUCGAAUGUGCAAGCAGCGAGCGGUGAAGGAGAUUUUACCUAUGGGUUGACGUUGUUCAGGGUAUUGGAAUACGUUGAUGGUGACGGAAACGGCGUCUUUUCCCAAGCGGACAAUGUAACCCGUUCGGUGGACCUGAAUCAAGGACAGUGGGGUCCUCUUUCUUUUAUUGAGAAAUUCUCGGAUACAAGGCGGUACUAUGAAGCUACCUCUGAGAUGGUAGCUCCCGUUGCCAAUUCAACCCAAAAUGUCACUUUUGCUGUGACAUUUCGUGCGACCAACAUCCUCAUAAACUCCACCGACACACUUGUGCUUCCGAACGCGGGAAUGAUAGAUUUCAAUAUCAAAGGUCUCACACCACAAACCAACGUAGCUCUCCAAGUCCUCCUUCGCUCCUCUGAACAAUUCAAGUCAGACCCGAACCCAACUCUAAAAGACGGGAACCUGACCAAAGGAAUUGGAUUCGGCGAUGCUGCCGGGGGCCGCUUUGAGUGGUUUACCACAUCGGCGACAGGCUCGCCUCUCACAUCCGACAACAUUACGAACCCCACUGCCGGCACCACAUCCGAAGAUACCAGGAUAGUCGGCGGCAAGAAUGAGACUGUCCAGAUGCAAACACUGAACCUUGUAUCUGGGUCGGGUAGUGUCAAUGUCCGGGCUAUAUCGUUUUUAGAUGAGGAGAUUUUGACCCCAGAGUUUAGCUCUGCAAGGAGGGCUAUAAGCAAGACGUGGGUUGGGGGUCUAGUGGUUUUCACUGCUAUGUGGAUGUUACUUUUGUAGAUACAUUGUAUGUAGAAGCGAUUUUGGAUAUUUUUGGAUUUUGGUAGAUUGUAUCUAAAGACUUGAACAAGUUAGCUGACAAUUCAAUUCCAGUCUGAUCAUUCGUAGAUGCAUGUAUACUUCUAAGCUACCUGUCCCAUAAAGCCCUAAAAGUU